AUGUCACAGUUCAUCAGAGAAGCAGCCUUCAAAGGAAGCGUCGUCGUCUCCUCUCUCCUCUCCUCCUCCUACGCCGGCGCCUUCUCCUCCGCCCUGGUUAAACAACUGUGGGCCUUCCUGAGCAAGACUUACGGCCCCAUCACAAUCAGCAUGGUUGCCGAGCAUCUCGGCUGUCGUGACUUUUACGAACUGGGACUCUGGAUCAUCCGAGUGCGCCAGUCGGCCAAAGCAGUGGGAGAUGCCAGAGGAAGCCACGAUCCAAAGGCCAUGACCGUGCCUAUCGCACACCAAACAGGAGGGGGGAACACGACGGUGAUAUGGGGCGCUGAUGUGAUGGAAGUGGCGAUAUACCGCAAGGACGGGGCCGUUACGGGUCGUUGGAGGAUUCCAGAGAAGGAAGAUAUCGCAUAG